GUACUUUUCCCAGGAGGAAUGGAGGAUCCUUGAUGAGACCCAGAGACAUCUAUACUGCUAUGUCAUGCUGGAGACCUUUGCACUGGUUGCGUCCUUGGGACUUGCAUCUUCUAGGUCCCAUGUUGUUGUCCCGCUGGAGCUGGGAGGAGAACCCUGGGUACAGGACAGAGUGGACAUGACUCCAGGCACAGCAAGAGGGGCUCAGAGUGGGCCUGGCCUUGGUGAUUGGCAUCAGGGGGAGGAAGUGAUGUCAUGGCUGGAUUCAGACCGUAUCAGGAACGUGUCCUGUGCCCAACACUAUUUUGGUGCCAAGGCCAGUGACUGUGAACCUCAUUACUCUCUCUCCUCCCCAGUGCUGACACUUUGCUCUUUCCGUCAUACCUGCUCUGACUUUGCGCCCAGGAUUGUCCCUCACCUCUCUGCCUUCCACUCCUCGGUGGUCCUCUCCAUCCUCACUUCUCUGCUUUUCAGUAUUGGCCUACACCUAACAUGUCAUGAGGCCUGCACUUAUCCUCUAAACGGUCCUUGAACACUAGCUACUCGGUGACAGUUGGAUUUUCCUGGGUCUGAAUACAGCUUUGCACACAGCACACACGUGUCCCCAGCAGCCAAGGCCCUGGUGAAAACUGUUCCCGGAGGAGUGAGUUGUGGACCCCUGGUUCCCCGUGUUCUGCACCCCAUCCUUGUGUCUUUUGCCUGGUGAGUCGUCCAUGUUUUGUGAUGUGUAAAGGCCCUGUCCACACAGCAGCCCUUUCCUAACCUGCUCCCACCUCCCUUGUCCUGAAAAUAGUCCCAUGGAUUUAUUCUAUGUCAGACAUGUAUUGUGAUGGGGCUCCCUACUUCUACCAAGAUCUACGUGAAAUUCAUCCCCAUUUCUUUGCUUUCAGGUUGUUGGCAGAGAGCAGAGGUGAAGGAGAAAAGUUCUGAGCAGAAUGCUUCCGUAGAAGUGCCACAGAUAAUUACUUCAAAGACAGACCUGUCCAUCCAGAAGGCCUAUCCCUGGGAGAUGGGUAACCUGGAUGGAGAAGGUGGUCUGCGUCUCGCUGAGGACCUGGGAGUAAACCCUGUCCAGACACUGUGUAGGGCAGGUAUGAAAUUUCAGCCGCACAGUGGAGAGAAACUGUUUAGAAGAGACAUGGGUAAGGCCUUUAUGAAGACUCGUACCGUUCAUACAACCAAGAAGUUUUCCCCAUGCCAGGAGCCUGGGAAGGAUUUCCCUGUUAGCUUUGAUCUUCUCCAGUACCAGGUCACUCCACAAGAGGACACCGAGUGUGUGGAGGCCUCUCACAAUGGACUGAGGCGCUAUAAGUGCAGUGAAUGUGGGAAAACCUUCUGCCGCAAGUACAGGCUUGCUCAGCACCAGAGAGUCCACACUGGAGAGAGGCCGUAUGAAUGUAGUGAAUGUGGAAAAACCUUCAGCUACAAACACAUACUUGUUCAGCACCGGAGAGUCCACACUGGAGAAAGGCCUUAUGAGUGCAGGGAAUGUGGGAAGGCUUUUAGCAACAAACCCACACUUGUUAGGCACCUGCGAAUUCACACUGGAGAAAAGCCUUAUGAGUGUAGUGAAUGUGGGAAAUUCUUUAGCCAAAGCUCCAGCCUUAGUGAACAUCAGAGAAUUCACACUGGAGCACGGCCUUAUAAAUGCAAUGAAUGUGGAAAAUUCUUUACAUCCAACUCCAAUCUAAUUAAACACAGGCGGGUUCACACAGGCACAAGGCCUUAUGAGUGCAGUGAAUGUGGGAAAUUUUUUAACCAAAGUCCCAGCCUCAUUAAACAUCAGAGGAUCCACACUGGGGAAAGGCCAUAUGAAUGUAGUGAGUGUGGAAAAGUUUUUAGCCAAAGCUCUACUCUCAUCAAGCACCAGAGAGUUCACACUGGAGCAAGGCCUUAUAAAUGCACUGAAUGUGGAAAACUUUUUAGCCAAAGCUUUGGCCUCACUCAACACCAGAGAAUUCAUACUGGAGAAAGACCAUACGAGUGCACUGAAUGUGGAGAAUUCUUUAGCCAAAGCACCCAGCUUACUCAGCACCGAAAAACUCACACCAGAGCAGGGCCUCUCGAGUGCAGCAGAUAUGGAAAAGUCUUUAGUCAAAGGUCUACUCUGAUUGAGCACCAGGAACAUCACAGCCCAGAUAGACCCUAUGAGUGCAGUGAGUGUAAGAAAGCUUUCAGCCGAAGGUCUAACCUUCUUCGUCACCAGAAAGUUCAUACUGGACAAAGACCUUCAAAUGAGAUGAGCAGAGAAGCAAAUAAUGAACUGUCUCCUUAGCUAAUACAUCUUACUGAACAGGCUCUGUGAGGGACUCAUCAACUGGAAGUUGAAUGCCACCCAUCUGCACAGUCCUAGUGUGGAGAUUACCUGUGGGUACCCGAUUUGUUGGAAGCUUUUAAGGAGCUAUGCUGUACUUUCUGAUCUGCCCAUGGCCCUUCCCAGACUUCAUGUCACUGUGAGUUUCUGUGGUAAAAAUCAUCUUAUUUCUACCAACUGGUGGUCAUCUCAUUGUGAACAAAGUUGGGUAGACUUUUGUGCUCAUGCAUUCUAUGGAGGAAAGCUUGAGUAGCCUGAGCACUUGGAUGUUAUUGUUAUGUCUAACUGACUAGAACAUUGGCUUAACCAGCUUUGACCAAGGUGACCCAGUCUGCAUUCUGCUGGUGGCUUGUUUACUCUUUUCAGUGGCAUUAUUUCAUGUCAUGCUCAGAAUGGGUUUUUCCAGCUGUAUGUUACCUGUUUGGGAACACUGUAUUCCUCAGUGAGGAUAGUAUCAUGGCAGAGAGUAGUUUUCAUUGCAGUUUUGGUCUAAUUUGUUUUUUCAAGGCCUCCUGGGGUAGACUGCAGGGCUUUGUUGUGACCUGAAUGUCAUAAUUUUUGGUUUCAGAGGUCACCCUGAGAUGAGGGCAGCCAUGAGAACCACCAGUGAUUUUUGGAACAGCAUGAAUGUUCUGUUUUCACAGGGGAUGUCACAUCAUCCCCCCAGUGCUGUUCAAGGGAAGAAAUGCUCUAGGUCCAGCUGGAACAGAGCCACGUACCAUAAUGUCCACAACAUGGCAGGCUGAUGUUGCUGAAUGUUCGAUUACAGACAUUGAGCAGGAACCAUACUUGGUACAGAAGACACUCGGAAUUAAUAGGUCCUGAGAGAUUAGCAAAGAAGAAGGAAUGGGCCUUCUCUAAAGUUUCAUCCACAAAUGUGAUUGGUUGUUUAGGAGGUUUUUUAAAGAAAUUCUCCAGAUCUACAGAGCUACUUCCUCCUGAGCCUCCAGUCAGAGUCAGACUGAAUAAUGUAAAGGUUUUAGGAUCCUCAUAGUAUCUGCAGGUUGUUUCUCUCAAGGCCAUUGCUACACAGUUGUGGAGGAAAAAAAGAGGGAGAGUGGAAACCCUGUAGUCCAGGCACGUGAUUCUUUAGGACCCAGGCAGAGUUCCUGGAGAACUCGAGUGGAAACACCUUCCAUUGCUCCUCUGUCUUCAUGGCUACUGGGACCCAAGCCCUUGCAUGAGACAUGGAGAGGUGAUGUAGUUAUUGUGUUGGUUUCCAGAGUUCUACUUUUCUAAAAAGAGAUUCAGGUUUUUAUGUAAAGCCAAUUUUUACUUAAACUUAAUUGAGCUGUAUAGUUGGUAUGCAGUGGACUGAAUAUACUUAAAAUGUAUAGCUUGGUAACUUUUACUAUGUGUAAAAUCACAGAACCACCAUAAUAACAAACAUCCAUCAUUCCCACAUCUCCCUUCCGAAAUCUCCCUGGGCUCCCAGGCAACUGGAAUUCAAUUUACUUUAUUUCACAUUCUAUUAGUUUUCUAGAAUUUUAAUGUCAUUGGAAUGUUAAUGUGUUUACUUUUGUAUUUGCCUUUUUUCAUUCAUGGUACAUAAUUACCUUGAGAAUUAUCCAUAUUGCAGAAAUGAAUGGUUGUGUUUUUGUUUGUUUUGCCAUGCCACAAGGUUUUGGGAUCUUAGUUCCCCAAGCAGAUUGAACCCAGGCCCUCAGUGAUUAAAGCACAGAAACCACUGGGGAAUUCCCUGAUAGUUAAUUUUUUUAAUUCCCGAAAAAUGCACUAUUUGGAUAUAUUAACCCGUUGACUGUUUAUCCAUUUAUCUGUUAAUGGAUGAAUGGGAUUUUGCGUUUUGUUUCCAGCUUGGCCAUCACAGAAAGUUUACUGUGAACAUGUACAUAACUUUUCUUAAAUGAAUAUAUGGUUUCAUAUUCUAAAGUGAAUGACUACCCUUUUGGAUUCCCAUCAACAGUAUUGGGAGCAUUCCAACUCCCCUAUAUUCCUCACCUGUACUUGUUUGGUAUGGUCAGCAUAUUAAAUAUUAACCUAUUUUCAAA